CACAGCAGUAGAGGCGCAGUGAGAACCAGAGAUACAUACAGUAAGCGAUGUUCUAAUGGAGCUCGUUAGUGUCGCUGAGUUUUAUUUAUGUUUCUGUCCACAAUGUACUGUAAGAUUUUAAUAAGAUGUUUGCGUAUUUUGAGAUUGUCUUUUUUUUCCUCGCCUUAAACAUCUACGAUUUCGUCCAGGCUCAGGAUUCGCCAUGCUGUCUUCAUGCAAAGGAUUACUCACCAUGUAGGGAAGCAUGUGAUCAGCUUGCUACCACAAAAAGUGAAUCUCGGUUAAAACACCUGCUCCAGCGACUGCCGAGUUAUUGUCCAGAAUCUAUGGGUGAGCUUUGGGUCUGCAUCAAUGCCUCCUUACCUGGUGCGCCCAAAAAAUCAGAGAGUUGGGUUGGACUUGGAUGUUGUGAACUCACCAUUGCUGUUGAAUGUCGGCGUGAAUGCAAAUUGGCAUCCUCCAGGAAUGAUAUUUCAAAAGUAUGCAGAAAGGACCGCGAGACUGCUCUUUACAGCUGUAUCAACAGAAAUGAGAUGGGCUCAGUCUGCUGCAGUUAUGCGGGGCGGCACACAAACUGCAGAGAGUACUGCCAAGCUAUUUUUCGGACAGACUCUUCUCCUACCCCUUCACAGAUUAAAGCAGUUGAAAAUUACUGCGAAUCCAUCAGCCCUGAGUUAAUUCGCUGUGUUGACAACUACACACGGUCUUACCCCAUGAGAAAUCCCAUCGAUAGUUUGUAUUGUUGUGACAGAGCAGAGGACACGUCCUGCCAAACAGCUUGCAAAACAAUUCUGAGGACCAUGACGACGGAGAACGAAAUCGUUGAUGGCCUUAUUGAGGGCUGUAAGAAGCAGCCUCUGCCACAAGAUCCGCUGUGGCAGUGUUUUCUGGAGAGUUCAAGAUCCCCUUUCCCUGUAACUACUGUGGACACACCCCCCUCGCCCAAAUUGCUUUGCUGUUCUAAAGCGAAUACAACUGUCUGUAGAGAUUUGUGUAGCAAAAUUUAUAGUACCAGCUGGGGCAGUACACAGAGUUGGCAGGAGUUUGAAAGCCUCUGUGAAUAUAAACCUGUUGAAGUCUCAAUGCUAACCUGUCUGGCUGAUGUACAGGAGCCAUGCCAGUUGGGCUGUAAAGAUCUCUCUUACUGCACCAACUUUAACAACAGACCGACAGACCUGUUCCGGAGCUGCAAUGCCCAGUCAGACCAGGGAGCCAUGGACGAUAUGAAACUCUGGGAAAAGGGAAGCAUCAAGAUGCCCUUCAUGAACAUUCCUGUCUUGGACAUCAGAAAAUGUCGCCCGGAAAUGUGGAAGGCUGUAGCUUGCUCUCUUCAAAUCAAACCCUGUCACAGCAAGUCUCGGGGAAGCGUUAUCUGCAAAUCAGACUGCGUUGACAUACUCAAACAUUGCGGAGACCAGAGUAAAUUUCCAGAGGGAACAAGUCCUGAAACCAUUUGUGACUUCCUGUCCCCUACAGAUGAUGCUGAGUACUGUAUUCCUUUGGAAAGAUACCUCAGCCCAAGUUCACUGGGAGACAUUUUGGAGGAGGUGAUUCACCCUUGUAAUCCCAACCCCUGUCCAAGUAAUCAGCUGUGUGAAGUGAACAGGAAAGGGUGCCAAACUGGUCAGGACUGCCUCACGUUCAUCUGUGUGCAAGGUUGUAAAAUGGGAGAAGCCUCAGAAUUCCUUGUCCACCAAGAAGCCCUUAUUCAGGUUCCUUUAUCUAAAGGGGAGGUUGGCUGUUAUAAAGUUUGCACUUGUGGUCAGAGUGGUCGUCUAGAAAACUGCGUUGAAAUGCCUUGUGUUGACAUGCAGAAAUCGUGCAUUGUCGGAGGCCAAAGAAAAGGAUUUGGUGCUUCAGGUCAUGGGAUGUCCUUUCAAGUCGACUGUAAUGUUUGCUCGUGUUUCGCGGGCAAGCUAAUCUGCUCAAGCCGACAGUGCCUGAAUGAACACAGCUCCGAUGAAGACAGGCGGAUGUUUACAGGUCUGCCGUGUAACUGUGCUGACCAGUUUGUGCCAGUGUGUGCACAGAAUGGCCGCACUUACCCAAGUGCCUGCAUUGCUCGUUGCGUUGGACUCCAUGACAAUCAGUUUGAAUUUGGAUCCUGUCUGUCAAAGGAUCCCUGCUACCCCAACAGCUGUCCAAAAGGUCAAAGAUGUCUACCAAAACAGAAAGUUUGCCUUACAAGUAUUGACGAUUACACAUGCAACCAGUAUGAAUGUGUACCCAAGCCUGCAAACUGUGAAAAGGUUGCAGAGGAUCCUGUCUGUGACACUGACAAUGUUGAGCACCCCAAUCUCUGUGAGCUUUACCAAAGAGGGAAAUGGCUUGCAUACAAUGGACAGUGCCAGGACAUGUGUAAAUCAGACAAGCCUGUCUGCGGCCACAACGGGGAGACCUACAGUUCUGUGUGUGCUGCCUACUCGGACCGAGUUGCUGUGGACUACCUUGGUCAUUGUCAUGCUGUGGGAGUGGUGUCUGACUCAGCCACUCAUACUGCAUGUGCCGCCAUUACAUGCCCACCCCUCUCGGCAAGUGGAUGCAUACCAGUAAUACCACCUGGAGCCUGCUGUCCCUUGUGUGCUGGAAUGCUGAGAGUUCUGUGGAACAAAGAUCAGCUCAAUAUUUUUGCCAAGAUAAACAAUAAACAGCCAGUGACGGUACACAACAUCCUUCGGAGUUUACGGCUGCAUAUCUCUGUGCCGCAGUGUGAUAUAUUUGGAUACCUGAGUAUAGAAUCUGAAAUUGUGAUUCUCAUUGUGCCAGUUGACCAGCAACCUACAUCACUGCAGAUUGAAGCAUGCAAUAAAGAAGCUGAGAAGAUUGAUUCAUUGAUAAACUACGGAAGCCCAGCCCUGGUAUCCCACGUGCCCCUGUCUGCACUCACUGCAUCCCAAGUGCAGGUCUCUGGGAAGACUUCUUCUGGGUGUACCAACAAAAUGUCUUUAUAUUUUGCACUUUUACUAAGCCUUUUAUCGGUAAACUGUUAAAUGCUUCUUGGUGAAUAUAAGAACACAAUGAGAAAUCGUUUGCAGUUUGCUUCUUAAGUGCAGACAUCCAACCUCCUGACUUGACAAAAUGAAUAUAAUGAAAAGGAAGGGAUUUUUCUUCGGUGGAGAAAAAAAAUUGCUGUGAUAAUCAAGUGUGAAUUUUAAGUUGUGUUCAUCUUUAACCAUUUGGGACCCAGCCCAAAAUCGUGCGUUGACGUACAAUGUAAUCCACUGAACAGCAUUUUAACACUGUCAGAAACUGGUCUUUCUGGCGAUCUGUAGGUUAAGUGUCCUGUAGGAUGUCUGUAAGAUGUUAUACAGACAUACAGCCUCAUCAUUUUAAACUUGCUAGGUCCCAAAGGAUUGAUAUAUCCAAUAUGACUUACAGUAGUCUGUAAUCAUAACUGCUAGCGAAUAUAUAAAUAAGCUGAAAACAUGUACAUGGUAAACCUGAAAAAGGGAUUCAUUUUGUUCUUAUGUAAAAUCAAAUAAAUAAAUGCUAAUGAAGACUAGCCUUGUUUGUGAUAAUGACAAUCAUUGAUAUCCAUAAUUUGACAAUAUGGCUUGCUUAAAAUAUUUACAGAGAUAUAAAGUAAAAUGCAAUAUUUGUAAUAACCUUUUGAAAAUCAAAAAUAAUGUUUUCCUUGAAUAGAACUAUUUUAUUUUUUAAGGAAUAUAAAGGAACGAGUUUUAAAUGUGCCAUUCAAAAUGUUAUUGUACUUGCAUGCUGACGAAUAAUGAAGUGUUUUAUUACAGAAUGUAUGAUAUGACUUUUUAUAUAAUGCGUGUGGGGUUUUUUGUUUUUUUUGUCUGUGCGCCUAAGCCUACCUUUCACAUGAAGUCAUUUCUUGUUUCAGUAUUAUUGUGCUAGGCAACUUUUUAGUAUUAAGCAGUUUUUGUUUGUUUUUUGUUUAAAUAAAUGUGAUAUUAUUGCCAAAAUGUAGAACUUAUAUAAAUGUAGGCAUUUAACAGUAAACCUUAAUGUAUUGAAUAAAUACGUAUAAUAGCUAAAUUGCCAGUACUUGUUAAAAUGCCAACAAUGCAUAUUUUAUUAAGUAUAAAAUUCAACUUUGUCAAUUGA